AUGGAAAGUAGAUUAGAAGAUGAAGAUAAUAAUGUCUUGUUACUUCGUGAAGAAAUACGUAAGAAAUCACAAGAACUGAAACAUAUGCAGGAUGAAUUUGAUCAAUAUACACAGUCCAGUCAUGAACUAGAACAGGAACUAGAGCAAGAGCUUUCACGCAUGGAGAAACGAAAUAUUCAUUUGAUGAAUAAAAAUCAGUAUUUAGAACGGGAUUUACACCUUGCACGCAGUAAAUUGGAGGAAGCGUUGGACCAAACACACAAAUAUGAAGCAGAAUUACAAGCAACACGUAUUGAGCUUCAGACGGCUAUACAAGCUCGACGCAAGUUAGAGCAACAGGCUGAUGACUUGGAAACGCAAGUGCGUGUGCUUCAGGCUACUGAGUCGGAUCUGAGACACAAAAUGGAGCGAGAAUUGGAAGAAAAGGUGUUUUUACUAAGUGAUAAAGAAGAGCUAGAACACGAGCACGAAAUGGCCACGGAGCGCUUCCGAACGGAGAUAAUGGACCUCAAGUCGGAGUUAUUUGCUCUUCAGCAAAAAUAUGAGGAUACUACGACGGCGUCAGAAUCCCGUGGAUCGUUUUCAGGAAACGAUAGCAUGGCCACGACGCGUAGUCAGUCGGAAGAUGAUGACGAUGGAUACGACUCGAGCUACAACGAAAAGUCAGUGCGGCAUACAACGGUGCAUGAACGUGAUGAAAUCAGUCGUGAAGCACUGAUUGAGUCGCUGAAAGAGGAGAUUGAGGCUCUAUCGUCUAGUUUGCAGGAUGAGACGGAAACUCGCAUUGCGGUUGAAGCUCAGGUGCAGCAACUUCAUGAAAGUCUUGCCCAUAUGGAAGCCAUGGAGGCGGAAAUGACGGACAUGACAGACGAAUUGAUUGCAAAGUCUCAAGAAAUGCGUGGUCGCGACGAACAAAUUGAAGCGUUGCGGGAGUCGUUGUUGAAGCUUCAAUCUGAAAUGGCGACGCUCAAUGAUGGGGGCAUUGAGUUUGCAGAUGAGCGUGAAAACAUGCGGACUGAGCUAGAAAGUAAGGACAAGGAAAUCAACAGUAUUAAGGAAGAGCUGGACACCGUCAAGUUGCAGUAUGAUGACCUGGCUGAGAGUGAACGCCAACUAAAAUCUCGUCUUGCACAAGAAAGCGAAACUGUAGAUGAGUUAAAGGAACAGAUAGCGACUUAUACAAGAAGCCUGGAGGAAAGCAAGCAAGAGCGGAACGAGCUCGAGAGAAAGUUGCAGUUUGAUAAGGGUGAAUUAUCGCAGAAUCGCAGGGAAGUAGAAGAACUGAAAAGCCUGAUUUCAGAUCUUCAGAAACAGCUUGAUGACGCAAAUAAGAAGAUAUCGGAGUUAAAGCGUGCGUCAACCGUUUCUGGUGCGGCAUCUGUCUCGGAUGUGACCGAAUCAAGACGACUGAUGCGGGUAUCAGCUGACGUGCUGCAAGUAAACUUUACGCCCGAGCAGCUUGCGCGAAAGUAUCUUGCGGAACGAACCCGCAAUGCUUCGCUACUUUCACGUCUGCAGACUGUAUGUGGUAACAUCCAAGUGUUCUGUCGUGUACGGCCGAUCAUUAAUGAAGAGCUGGAGAGAUCUUGGGGUUCGAAGUUGGCAGUCAACGUCGUAAAUCAGUCAGAUUUGGCUGCCAUGGAUUUUCGGUCUGAUCGUUUGAUGCCUAGCGACUCAAAUGGGAAGACAACCAGCAACGAAAACAUGGAAACCUUAGCAAACAACAGCUCAUGGAAAGUGUUUACGUUUGAUCGAAUUCUGGGUCCUGAAGAGACACAAAAUGAUGUUUUCCGUGAAGUGGAGCCGAUUGCGCAGUCAGUUGUCGACGGGUUCAAGGCAUGCAUUUUUUGCUCAAUCCAGUUACGUGGGGCGAUUUAUGCUCCCAAUUCUGACACUUCUGAGAAUCAAGACGAUGAGAUGAACGGUUUGCACAAUGCAGCCGAAUCAUCAGUCUAUCACGUUCAAGUGGGCGUGUUGGAAAUCUACAAUGACUCAGUGCGUGACUUGAUUAACACGACAAACAAGGCACUGGAAAUUUGUCACGAUUCGGCAACUGGAGAUAUAUGUGUUCCUGAUCUGACUAUGUCGACUGUCUCUUCUCCUCAGCAAACAAUAGAUGUAUUACGGAUUGCGCAAACGAACCGUGUCACAGGUAAAACAAAUUCAAAUAUGCACAGUAGUCGAUCGCACAGUAUUGUAAUUGUGCAAAUCUCGAAGCGGCGGCUGGAACAUGAUGAUGCUGAUAAAGACUUCGCUGACUUGGAUGUCGAAGAUGAAGCAUGUGGAAAGCUGUAUCUUGUGGAUCUAGCCGGCUCGGAGCGAGUCAAGAAAAGCAAUAUGGCUCACAUUCCGUACCGCAACUCGAAGCUGACGCAUUUGCUGCAGGAUGUAUUAAACUCAUCGUGCAAGACAGUGAUGAUUGUUAACGUCGGUCCGACCAUUGAGAAUGCUAGCGAGACAUUUCGGUCGCUGCAGCUCGCAGAACGCGUGCGCAAUAUUGUGGUGGGCAGAAAUCAGAUUGUGAAGAACAAGAAGGAUAUUCUGUCAGCCAAGAAGGCAUUUGCAGAGCUCCAGUCGUUAAAACAGCAGAUGCAAAUCUCGAAGAGGAAGUAUAUGCAAUCACAACAGUCUGUUGUUGCUCUGAAACGCGACCAAAAGAAUCUGUCGGAGAAACAGUCUGCUAUGCUGCAGAACCGGCUUAGGGCAUGGGAGACGCAAAACGAGAGCCUGAAAACUCAAAACGAAUCCCUGAAACGACUUGUGGAAGAUGUAAGUAAUCAGCUUAAGGCUGAGCGAGAGACUAAACAACAUGAGGCAGAUCAACGGGAAGCUGCUCAACGCUCGCUUCGACAGCAAAACGCCAAGACGCGCAUUUCUUCAUCGCAGCAAGAGACACAGCAAAAACUGCUGCAUGAGCGCGAAGAUGAGAUCAAAAAACUACGACAAUUGUUAACAGAAGCCAGGCGACGAAGCACGUCGUCACUCAUUCCGCGGUUGCCGAUGUCGUCGCCACCGAUGAAGAAGUCGAAAAGUACCCGGUCUGCAAGCUCUUCCGGUACCCAGCAUGAUACCGAUAGCGUAUGCGCACACGUGCCUGGUGCUAGUUGCGUCACAAAAACGCACACGGUUGCUCGCAGGUCAGCAGGAUCACGUUUGACGCCUAGCAACACAUCAAGCAAUGAUACCAGCACAAAUGAGACUCCGCUAAUUAGCAAACGCACAAGUUCUCUGGGCUUUAAAUCAAUGCGGACAAUUUCCAAGACAAAUCAGGAGCGCAAGAGCAUUGUGAUCGAUCGUAGAUCACCGUCGGCCUUCAGUCGCAUCGCAGUUCGUCAAAGCGGCGCACCAUGUGUACUUUUGAAUCGUAUUGCAAAGACUUCGCCACCUACUCUCGGAAUUGUCAUACGCAUCUACUCACGCUUCAAUGGCAACAUAGAGCCCACGCCUUGCUUUAACGUGGAGCAGGAAUGUCCGUUAUUCGUGACGUGGGAGAUCGAGGAGCACGGUGGGACUCGCUUGCGCGGCUGCAUUGGAACGCUAGCACCCACGAGUCUGCGUAACCUGCGCGAUUUCACCCUCAAGAGCGCGCUGCGUGACAGCCGUUUUGCCCCCAUCGGGCCGCAGGAGCUGCAACGUCUACACUGCACUGUAUCGCUCCUCGUCGACUUUCAGGACGUUGAGAGCUAUGACGACUGGGAGAUUGGCGCGCACGGGAUCAUCAUCAAGUUCAGUGACUUGCGUGGAAACGAGUACAACGCCACGUACUUGCCGCAAGUUGCUCGUGAACAAGGCUGGACUCAUGUUGAGACAGUCACGUCACUUAUGAGAAAAGCAGGAUAUCGCCAUAGUAUCACCGAAGCGAUGCUGAAAACUGUCCGCGUCACACGCUACCGCAGCUCAAUCCACAAGCUUACGUACCAGCAGUAUCUUUCCAUCAGACAAGAGAUACUGAACAGUGCAUGA